GUCGUACACCUACCGAAGAAAGAGAAAUAUGUACACCGAUUGUUAGUGCGUUAACAAACUUGAGAAUAAAAUUGAUUUGGAAUAUCGUAGCAUUGUGUAAAAUAUUAUACGGAUGUAAAGAUGUGCAGCGAAAUGUGACUGUGGCUAUGGGGUGUUCAAUGAUUAUUAAUCCAAUAGUUUUCUGGACAACGUUGAGUACUGAAGUUAAUUAUUGCGAAAGGUCUCGAAGCUAGAAUUAAUUAACAUGCAGUUUUUCAGCGUGACGGGUAUAAAAGGGCUGUGAUUAUAAUGGUCGCAGCCAAUUUCGUGGAUUAAAAAAGAACGUAACACGGUUAUAAAAUAUAAUCAAGCCUCGUAUCUGAAAUUACGAUCUCAUAUAUAUAUACAGUGCUGAUGUAAUUUAUACCGUAUUAUACGUACAGUGCGACCAGAAAAUAAUAACGUUAAUAAUCAGUGUUUCAACAUUUUAACGUGAACAUUUAUCUUUGCGUGACUUAUAUUAAUCAUUCGUGUGACUACAAAUUUUUUAAAUAACUAGACUUCUCACAGUCAGCUGUCGUCCUUAAUCAAAUAAUUCUAAACCAAUCCCAUUACCGCUUACCAGCUUUUAGCAUUGAUACUCGACCUUUAUACUGUCCUUGACUUUCUCAAAUAUAAAAAAUUCCUCAAGGAUACAGUUAUCCUUGAUAUUGUGACAUCAAGUCCGACUUAAUUAUACUCGUAUUUCUAAAGUACAAAACCGUUUAAACUUUUAUCAUGCAAUACGAUUAACAAACAUUGAAAUAACAAACAGGCAAACAACGAUACUCAAAUUACCUCGGAGCGAAGAAACGUAUACUUAUAAUGUUAAGGAGAAAAAAUACUCUCGGUCAUUAUUGAGGCGAGGUUGAAAGAAAAAAAGGUGAAAAGAAAUUAGUGAAUCCGUUUAAUAUUCGAUAACUGCUUUAGUCAUGAUGAAUCGAUGAAAUUAGUAACGAAAAGGAAAAGUAAAAAAACAACUUAAUGCCUCUGAACGGGUUACACCAAAGUCUAACACUGCUUUAUGUGCCUUAAAUAGAUUUUAAUGUCGAAGGAGAUAAGGUGCAGAUAAUGAAGCAUAGUGAAUUGAGUUGACAUUUGACGGCGCGGUUCAAAUCAAGUUUUCAAUAUUUUGGAACGGUCAACGGUUGCGCAAAAAAUAUUUUUACAAUUAUUCUUACCACUGUUUCGUCAAUAUCGGUGAGUUAUUCGUAGCCGGGUCCCAACAGUAAUAUACUACCGUCCCGCAGGUCAUAGUCAAAGUUACUCUUCAGUUCGGACGGCCAAUGAGAACUGGAGGAUCUAUAAUUUGUUUAGACUUGCUAUUUAAAGUUCCCUACGUGGGCUUAGCUAUACAAGAAAUUCCAAAAUCUACAUUAAAUCGCUUGUUUGUAGAGCCAAGCUAAAUAAAACUGUGAACCUGCCUGUCGACGGGCAACGAUUAGUUGCUAUGAAUAAACCUGGGUAGCAAUAUAUUAUCCCUCUCCAGCCAGUGUGUGCAGACGAAAAUUUGCUCGCAAGUCGAAAGGCUCCUUCUUUCUCGUUCAUGCAAUUUCUUUGUAAAAAUAUUUCUCAACAUCCCACUUGCAAAGGACGCUGGUUACACACUGUCGAAAAGUUUAUCAUAUCAGUCGGUAUCUUCGUUCGCAUGUCCCGAGGCUUUGCCCGUCACACACGGACGGAAUAUAUCAGCAGAUUCUACUCAAAGCUGCUGGAAAAAAGGUUUUUCGGUAAAGUAAACUUCGUGGAACGCAGAAUUUACUCCAAAAACAAUGAAAGCCACUGUGUGCAGAUUAAAAUCUGUUACGUUUGUAGUAAAAAACGUGGUUGGCGUGGGUAUUCUUAACCAGCAGACUUCAUGUGUCCUUCUUGUGUUUUCGAGUAGAAUCUGCUCUUUUAUUCUCUCCGUGCAGUCCUGAGGUGUUUGUGAUGGAUUUUUCUCGCGCCCUCUCUUUCUCUGCUCCCCUUAAUCAUUGGGGGUAUCGAAUACCGUGAUCUAUAAGUGCCUGCGCGGGCGAUCAGAUCGGAUCAACAACUCGACAGUCAGUCGGCCGUUUGCUGCUCGCGUCAGCGGUUGUCCAAGUCCUCCAGAAACUGCGGCGCAGUUUUCGUUUUCGAAGUGCGAAAAGACGGAUUGACAUUCCAAAAAUCUACCAUUUUACACUUUUUUGCGAGUAUGAAAUUAUAUUCCUCCAAAUACCUCCACACGUCGCGAUCUAUAGCUGAGGAACGGAAUGAAAAAUUAAAUAUUCUUCCAUAAGCUUUUCAAAUCUCGCAUAAGUUCUACAGCCACAUGGUUUUUCCCCUAUAGUACCUACGCGUCAUUCGUGUGGAACAAUCGAUCUUGUUACAACUCGCGGUAAAGUUCGUGCUUGCAUGCGGUACUCGAAACGAGGUCAAUAGCCUCAAUCGUUUAAGCCGUAGUAGUGAAGCCGUAGAAAUUCAGUGAAAGAUCGCAAAUCUUGAAUCGGUAGACUGGGACUCUGGUCAGUGUUUCGUUACCGGUUUUUUCUGCAGUUACGUAUCGGCAAAAAAAUUUAUCUUCUUAUCCAGCUGGAUUUUUAGUUUCUGGGGUUUGAUUGUAUAAAUCUGUAAAAGAGAUAUACAAUGAAAUUUUUAACUCCAGUCUUUGUUUCAAGUUCAGGAGCGAAAACAGUGUUACAUGUUGCAAGAUUCGUUAGAACUUUAACAGAUAGCUCGAAAUUUCAUAACAUUAAAGUCGGUGUUAAUUGAAUAAUGCGAGAUUUUUCCAUUUACAAGCAUAAUCAUCCUGUGCUGUAGUUUCACGAUUGUUUUCAGAAAUUGUGGUACGGCUAACCUUUUAGGCGACACUGAAGUAUAUUAAUGAGAAAGUGUCACAAAUUUUAAAGGAAAGAAGAAAAUUAAAUAAAUAACUGAACAAGCAGCCCGAAAAGAUUAGUAAAAUAAAAACGGUGUUCUCGAUCCCCCUCAACGCAAUACGUUGCAAAUUUUGGAUGGCUUGCAAAAAAAGACGAAAAAAGGAAUUCCUUUAGCCGAGGGCGUUGAGUUAGGGUGGUUUGGUUGGUGGCGAGAUGCAGGGAAUCGGCCGAAGGUGACAAAGGGACGAUUAUUGUACAUAAGGGUCGGUGAUCAGAACUCAUGUAAAUCAGUAGUGAAAUGACAUUUUUUCGUUUCCCGUUCUUCGUUCUUUUAUUUACUUAAAGUGAAACAAAACAAAUAUUAUAUAUAAUAUUAUACGUAUACAUCUAUAUAUAAAUAAAACGACUCAAAAUUUAUAAUCAUUAAAUUAAAAAAAUGAUAUUCGGGUAAAACAGUGCUAUGCAAUUACCGGACGAUAUUGUAAUAAAAGUGGAAAAGUGAUACAGUUGGAAAACGCCGGCUCGGCUAUGAUUGGAUAUAACCAACAAAACACCGGCUACAACAAGCUCUUUACUCAGGGCUCGGCAGACUCCAACUACUCGCAGCCAAGCUCGGAUCUAUCGUUGGACGAAGAAAAGGAGAGCCUGCGUCGGGAGAAAGAAAGACAAGCUCUUAACCAACUGGAGAAAGCAAGGACGAAGCCGGUAGCGUUCGCCGUCAGGACGAACGUUAGCUACGACGGAUCCGUCGACGACGACUCACCGGUUCACGGAUCGGCCGUUAGUUUCGACGUCAGAGAUUUCCUCCACAUCAAGGAGAAGUACGAUAACAAUUGGUGGAUAGGGAGGCUGGUAAAAGAGGGAUGCGACGUCGGUUUUAUUCCUUCGCCGGUUAAGCUCGAGGCACUUAGACUUCAGGCAAGCGCUGCUCGCGGCACUAAGGGUCUCUAUUCAGCAAGGGGUGGCUCUUCAGGAAAUCUCGGUGAAAGUGGGAUGCCGUCACGAGGAUCGACGCCGCCAACGCCAGGUGACGAUAGUGACAGCGUGGGUAACGUUAGGCCGGGAAAAACGACCCUCACAACGCCGCCGGCGAAAGAAAAGCGAAAGAACUUCUUCAAGAAACCGUCUUACGAGACCGCCACACCGUACGACGUCGUACCUUCAAUGAGGCCCGUAGUUCUUGUCGGCCCUUCCCUGAAGGGUUACGAAGUCACCGACAUGAUGCAGAAAGCGUUGUUUGACUUUCUGAAACACCGCUUCGAGCGCAGGAUCAUUAUAACGAGAGUUAUGGCUGAUAUAUCGCUGGCCAAAAGAUCUUUACUAAAUAACCCUACGAAACGUGCUAUAAUGGAAAGAUCGACCAGCAGAAGUAGCUGUCUUGCGGAGGUUCAGGCUGAGAUAGAGAGAAUUUUUGAACUCGCGAGAACGCUCCAACUAGUGGUUCUGGACUGCGACACGAUAAACCAUCCUUCGCAGCUCGCGAAGACGAGUUUGGCACCGACGAUUGUCUACUUGAAGAUAUCGUCGCCGAAAGUGCUCCAGAGGCUGAUUAAAUCCCGGGGUAAAUCUCAGGCCCGGCAUCUGAAUGUGCAGAUGGUCGCGGCGGAGAAACUCGCCCAGUGCCCGCCGGAAAUGUUCGACGUUAUCCUCGACGAGAACCAGCUCGACGAGGCCUGCGAACACGUUGCCGAAUACCUCGAAGCCUACUGGAGAGCCACUCACCCCCCUGUCGCCACCCCAGUUCCUAGGGUCAUGCCGGCUCCUGACGCCCCCGUCGACACUCUCGCGCCCCGCGUGACGCCAGGAGGUCAUCAUGAGAGCUACUAUGGUCAUGAACCACGAGGGUCCUCGUCUUACGGCGGUAGUCACGGCGGGACGGGAACGCGGCGCUCGAGAUUAGAGCGAUUGGACCGCGAACGAUCGGACCACGACUAUCCCGAAGAGGACAACUACGUGACAGGCAGCGUCGACUACAACAACAGCACGUCGAGACGUCGUCAGCCGCAUCAGGACUCUCGAGCGCUAAAUGCCAUCUAGGAGCUGGUGCCCCGGGGCCCGCCUCUGCUACGCUGUACCCAUCUUCGUACCACGGCGCUUUGACUCCGAAAGACGAAAGGAAGAAAGAACGAAAGAAGAAACGGAGGAAGAUACAAGAACAUGAAAAAUAUGCCAAUAUUUUUAUGCACGAUACCCAUCGCGUUAAAUGGACAAAGUUACGGUACUUAGAUAUGCAAUCAUCCCUGUCAACAUUUUCGCUUCAAUCAUCCGCAAUGCGGGAGUCCAGGGUGGUUAACGGGCCGCGGGAAUCAUCUUCGCGAUUUUAUAACCAAGUUAUCCAGCCAGUUCUUAUGACAUUUGUAAUUUCUCUUUUACGUAAUAUUGUUUAUUCCAGCACUAGAUGUUAAAAAUGAAAGAGAUUAUACGGCUUAAUCUAGAUUUAUUUAGUAAAUACUCGGACUUUGUAUUCUUGCCACGUUUUAUGAUGUUUUUCGUUCUUGAUUGUCGACAUGAUCGUCAACGGUAGAUUCCCUCGACUUUGACGCCUUGGAUUCCCAGAGCACUCCCGAAUAUCUCGCCAACGUGUACCGAUAUCAGACGGUCGGUACGAUUCUUUACCUAUUUUAGAAGUUGAUGUAACAUCGAGCGCAUCGUCGUCGCUAUCGGCCAACGAAUCAUUCGAUCUUCGGCUAUAAAUAUUUGUUUGUUUUUACUUUAGCAACCAAUUCCGAAAGAAUUGAAAUCGAAGGUGUAAAAAAUGGCGAGUAAUUGAAAUCAACCAUAUAUACGUUCGUUUUUAUCGUUUGGUAUUAUAUCAACCUUCCGAAGUAUGUCAGGUCGAAAAACGAGAACCCAUAUUUACGGAUGUCAUAGAGUUCGGGUCUGCUGAAAAAAUGAAGAAAGAAGAAAAAAGGUCAAUCAGAGCCCUGGGGCCCCCAUCCCCCCCCCACCCCCACACCCCCACCCCCUGCCCCUACGUCCCUGUGCCGCGCAGCGCCGACGCGGUCACGAUAUCGUGUUAAAUAUAUAAAUUCGUUAUUUUUAUUCGUGGAGAAAUUUUUCAAAUUUUUCAACUAUUGUAAUAAUAUACGUAUAUUCGGUAGGGCCCCUAUCUCCGUAUACAUAUAAUAUAUAUUUGUGCAUAUGUAUAUACAUUGAUACGCACGCGCUCGAAACAUGGCGGUAUUGUAUAUGUUACAUAUAUAUAAUAUGUAUUAUACUAUAUUUAUCUACAUCGUAGAAUCAAACAUAAAAUAAUUACACCUCCUCCAUGGACCCCAACACCUGUACACACGCAUACACGUGGAUGUUUUCAUUGCUUUUCAGCACGCGAUCGAACUUUGUUUGUAAACUUGUAAUUGUCCUCAAGUUUCGCUGGGAAUUCAUUCGUACGGUACACAAAUUUUCUUCGAUUGUUUUUUGCGGAUGAUCAUAUCCAUUUUUAUUCCUUGAACAAGGCUUUUCCAAUUUUUCCUAUUAAAUCGGCUAAUACAGCGUGUAUUAACAUAUCACAUUGAACGUCGCUGAUAAUAUGGUAGGUAUAAAUUUCAAUAAAAGAAAGCAAAACAAAAGAUGAAAACACAAAAUUUCCCAUAUCCAUGAAUGUUCAUCUAUACAAAACAAAUUCGCUCCAGGUCAAAUAUUUCCGAAAUUGGAUUGAGGGCUUCUUUCAUAGCUCGGCUGAUACAAAGAAUCACUCAUUGAUUCGCUGUGGAUUUUACAUUUCAAGGUUCGACGAUUGUCUGCUGAAAACUGACGAAAAGCUUCGCUGAAAUCACGUGUUUAAUCAUCGUUAGGAGUCAGAGUAUGUACAAUACCGUGUACAAUUCAUCGUUAUUAUAAUUAUUAUGUGGAACAUAACGUGCUCCGGAAAAAAUGCAUAUAUGUAGGUAGUAAAUAAUUUGAGAAAAAAAACACGUUUAAAUAUUAAUAUUAUAAUAUAUUAUAUAUAAAGCUGAAAAAGAAAAACUUUUUUCACCAGCUCAAGUAUAUAUGAUCAUAAAAUUUGUUACAUUAUUAUAGGUAUGUAACAUAAAAUAAUAUAAAACAUGAUAUACUUUGGGAGAAAAGAAAAACAAACGAAAUGAUAGCAGAUGACAGUAUUUUUCUUGUACACUUUUAUACAUAAACAAAGCAUAUAUUAUACAUGUAUUAUAUCUUGGCUUCGAUUGAUCGUAGAUGAAUUUAAUGUAAUCAUACUAAUACGCAAAAUUAUAACACUUUCCAUUCGCGAAUUUAGGAACCGUUUUCACAAUUAUUACUUUAUCGCCGUAUUUUAUUUUUCCCCUCACUUGCAGAGCACAAAAAUAUCACUACUCUAUGCCUGAGUGAUCGGCCAUUGUUUCGUUCGCAUAUAUAAUUAUGAUAUACGUAAUUCACUAGGUACUGAAUGUUUUUGUUCGUGUAUAACAGUGAUCGAAAACAAUUCAUACAAUUCGACGGCUGAGAUCAACAAAAUCCCACCUCCGAAUAUGGUUCAAAAACAUCGUAUCUCAGCAUUUCAUUCGAAAACAUCGUAUGUCCUCGGAGAUCACUUUAGACGUACAAUGUUGUUGGAUUUUGUUGAAUCGAAAUCUGAAAUGGGGUUUUGUUGAUCUAAGUCGUCGAAUUGAUGACAUACACAAGCCCAGUGCUAUAAUGCCCGAUUAAUGUUUAAACAGGAAUACAAAUUAUAUACCUUUACCCAGUUUUAUUCUUACAGUUGAAUUGCAAAGUAAAAUGUCGAGGUGAUUUUGUUGAAAAAAGAAAAUGAAUAAACAAAAGCGAGGGGAAAUAUAAUGGUGAAAAAUAAGUAUAACGUAGAGGAAGAUAAUAGGUGAAAAAUAAAAAACUCAAAGAUUGCCGUAUUCAGAUACAAGUAGACAGAAAAUUACGUAACAUGAUUAAUCGGACGAGGUGAAAAAAAAAAGCCAAGAAAAUGUUUGGAGCUGGAUCCAAAUUAAGAAGUAAUAACGCUAGUGUGACUAUUAUUUUAUUUUGUUAUUGUAUAAAGACUCGUUAAAUGAAUAAAAAUAUACGUAGGCAAAAUACAGGAAAUUAAUAAAGAAUUAACGAUUAGACAAAAAAGUAAAAUUUAUACAUUUCAGAAUUCUGCGUCGAAAAUGUAUAUUAUUAUACAUAUUUAUAUAACGCGAGGCUGCUAAAUUGUACUAGACACAUGAAUACAUAAUGCAUAAGAAAAAGAACGAUAAACAUAAAACAGAAAAAAAUUACUACUACAUAAUUAUAGCAUGAAAAUUAGUUGGAAAUCAUUUAUAUAUAUAAAGAUAUUAUAUCAUCUGUUAUAGUGCAGGGGUAAUGUAAAUAUUGUAAGAAAUUUCACACAAUUUAACCGAACUGGCUAAUCGUAAUCCCCCGCGAAAAUACCAGCUGUUGCAAUUAAUAAAAAUUAACAGAAUAACAAUAAUGAAAAAUAAUAACAGUAAUAAUAGUAAUAGUAGUAAUAUUAUUAACAAUGUUAAUAAUAAUAAUAAUAAUAAUAAUAAUAAUAAUAAUAAUAAUAAUAAUAUUAAUAAUAAUAAUACUGACGAGGAUAAUAGAGAAACUAGGACGAAAUUUAAUCAUCUCCAUCCGGCGUACGUUUAUCCCAUUUAAAUAUCGUCGACUAUUUUCACGGCGCAUGAACAUCGCGUCAAAUAUAUAAUUCUUAUAAUAAUAAUGAAGCUAAUGAAUUUAACAAUCGAGAUUUAUUAUUAUCAUUCAAAAUAUCUGUCGCAUGAAUAUUGUAUACGUAUACAUAUUUAUACGUACUUACAAUAUACGUAUAUCAUUUAUUACAAUGAAAUACAAUAUUAUUAACUAGCAUUAUUUUACACCGUUAAAAAUGUUUGGGUAUUCUCAAGUACAGUUUUAAUUCCAUAUCAUUUCGGGCAAAUUUUACACAAAUCCUUUUAUAGAAUAUGGAAUUUGGACUGGACGAGAAAAAAUUGAGGCUUUUUGCAACACAACCUGUAAGAUUCUACACAAAAUUAUACGAAAUUAUUAACAGUGUUGUACGAAAAUAUCUAUCCGCAGAAUAUUCAUGAAUAACCCGCGCGAAUUUCAAUAAAAAUCGUAUAAUUAAAUUAGUGUAUAUUAGGGUAUGAAAGAUGUAAUAGGCAAAAUUUAGGUUAGCGUGCGGUAAUUUUCUGCGUGUAUAUACGAUAUAUAUACAUAUGGUACAUUCCAUGCCAAUUCGACCUAGGUCUAAUGAUAUGAUUAUCCUGACUUUGGAAGGCAUUCAGUUUUAAUUCGCAUAUUUUCCGAACGAUUUAAACUGUGUGAAAUCUUUCUAAAUUAACGUAUUGAUUUAAACAUGAUUUUGGAAGUACAAAUUACUUCGGAAAAAUGCUACGUCAGAUAUCAAAGUUUUAAACGCUGAGCCAAAGUGAACCACCGAUUCCUUCUCACCUUUUUUCAGCAAUCGUUCGGAAGAUAUAACAAAAAAAUAAAAACAUGAAAAGAAUCAGUGAGUCCAAUUAGUCUGGAAAAGGGUCAGACCCAGGACGAGUUGAGAUGAAAUACACCGUAUAUAUGUAUAAGGUAUACACGUAUAAAAUUCGAAGUUUGAAUUCUACUUGUACGAAAUAUUCGAUCAUAAUUCGUGUACGCCUUUUUCACUUACACGUCUUCUACGUAUUUUGCGCAUAUUUUAUGUAUGAUACACAUCAAGCAUUUAAUUUUCAAUUUAUACCAUGUACAGUUUUUUUCUUUUUUUUGUAUAAUUUAAAUUUUCACACACAUACAAUAGUAGAACAUUCGGAAACUUGCAGAAUUGAAUUCGCUGCCGACAGCUGCUGCAAGCUUAAAAUGUAUAAAAUUUCGUCAACCCUUUUAGCAUAUACUAACAUACAUGUGUUUUCAUGUUCAUACAUAAAUAUGCAUGUAUAACAAUUUGGUACAUUAUUAUGAUUAUUACGUUACGUUUAUUAACACGAUUAUCGUUAUGAUUGGUACUUCUAUUAUAUAUUACUAUCAUUGUGAUUAUUGGUAGUGUUGUUAUUAAUAUUAUUUAUGCUUAGGUGUAGGGUUUUACGAAGGUUUACAUUAAUCGUAGAUAAGGAAUUCUCGAGUAUAAUACGCGAUCGAUUAUUAAAUAAUGUGGUUCAUUGAUUUCAUACCGUCUCCUAAUAAGAUUGUAAUUAUAUAUGAAAAUUUUCGUAUAGAUGAAGAUUAUUAUCUAAUACAAUAUACAAAUAUAGAUGAAAGUCCAGCAGUGUUAGGGUAAAUGGCUGAUUCAACGGUUACAAACGCUGAGGUAUUGUACUGUUACAAGAUAAUGUUUAUAAUUAAUUACAUGUAUAUGUGUACUACGUCACGUAGGUAUGUACAGUACCAUGUACACAUACGUACAUACAUACACAUUAAUUAUAAAUCCCGUGUGAUACAAGCUUUAAUGAAGGUCCAAGGUGGACGGUGGCGUACGUACGCAAUCUUGCGGUUUAUUAUGUAUAUCAUCAUUUCCACAAUGUACAUUGAUUACAGAAUUGACAAUGAGCUUUCAGCUUUCAACAAUUGCGAACAAGGCGUACACAGCAGCUAACUUAGGCUUUACACCUGUCUGUUGAAUGAAAAACAAAUCGAAGCAAUCAACUCCGCAAUACCUGAAAACCGUGAGAAGGUUUUUUAUAAUUGUACCUACUUUUCGGGUGAUGCAGAAAUUAUCCAAUCAACUCAUUAGCUGCUAAUUGAAAAUUUCCCGCAACUAGUCCGUUCGCUUCAUUAUAUGUAUAUAUAUAUACAAAAAUAUAUACACAUAUACGUAUAUACAUAUAUAUCACACAUACCAUGUGACUUGUAAUGGAUCCUUUUAAAGCAUAAGCGACGGUUUAGCAUCGACAGACUCAGGUACGAGUUAGACCAAGUUCUUUAAACAAAUUUCGUUGGAAAUAUUCUGAUAAACAAUUAAGUUAGACCCUUGUGGAGAAAAAUGUAUUAUAAAAAGAUAAUAUGAUUUUCCAGAUACUGUACCUAGAUAACCUGCUGCUUUACUAGAUAUUUUGUGUUCCUCAUUUUUAUUGUCAAUUUCAUUACCGACUUUAUUUAUCGAAGAAAUACUCAGCCGUGUAUUCGUGUAUGAUAAGGCGUUGAAAUUUUUGGGAAAUAGUCAAACUUAUGCCAAAUAUCUUUCACACGGUGUAGGUAUAUCAAUUCUCGCAUGUAUAUAGAUCUUAAUAUGAUUGAUACCUUUUUAAAUCGGACGAAUCUGUGAAUAUAAUGAACCUAUAAACGAGGAAAGAAGUAUGAUGAAAAUAAUUUAUCGAUCAAAUUCGUGAUGUAAUAUGUAUGUAGGGUAGAUAUGGAUUUGUGCAUAUAAAAUUACGAAAGAGAAAUAUGGCCCAACGGUAACUGAACGUCGCGUCGGUGCAAGUUCGCUGUUAAUUCAUCGACGUAAAUUAAUGAAUACAUUAUAUACACGAGGAAAUGGUUAAAUUAUGUGUUGCGUGUUGGCUGCCAUUUUUGGUAGGUAUGUUUUUGUUGUCGCGUGAUCAUUUUUCGUAAUUUGCAUUCUACGAAAGCGUCUGUAUAAUUAAUUACGUGACCACUGCAUUAUUGCCACCGGUAAUUAUCCAGGUACGGGUAUAAAUAUAUACAUAUAUGUAUACAUAAGACAAAGUGUUGAAAUUUUCAAUCUUUUGAUACACACACUAUCGGGUUAAGGGUGCGGCUGUAUAUUAUUAUAUAAAGGUGUCGUCGAGCGCGGUUGAAAGUAUACAAUAGUAGGUAUUUAUUGAUAAUAUUGUAAGAAAGGACGAUUCGUGCUGAAUUUGAAAAAUCACGUCACUUAGUGGCCACGCGUUACCGUGCCAUAAUUUUAUAAUUUUCCGUCAGGUAAAUUGUUUCCCUGAGUUUUGUACAAGAAGUGAUGAAUUGGGUAAAUAAGAUUAUCUUAUUUCACAGCGUUUACUUCAUUGCAACGGGUCGUCGUCAUAUUUCGUGCCAUGCGUAAUUUCUGCGUGUCACUUUUUGACUUGAGUAAAUGGAAAAAAAAACAAAUGUAUAACAAAGAAAGCAUUUAAAAAAUAUGAAAAAAGGUUGAAAAAAGAAAAAAAAAAAAUAAAUAAAUAAAUGAAUGAAAGGCUAUCGGGUAACGUUGUAAUUAUUCUAGGAUAUUUCAAAAUUAAACGGGUCAGCUAACGCAAUGACUCCUCGACGUUUCGUCUUCUGUUCGGCUGGUUCAUUGGAUCAACAUAACAUAUUAUGUACAAGAAGAGGAUUUGAUGUUCAAGUGCUAUAUGUAGCAUGCGUUUGAAAAUUGUUUCAUUAUUAUAUUCGACGAAAUGAUUACGACUGUUGAUAUACGAGAGAAGUUAUAAAAUUUAUGGUUAGUUAUAUGUAUAUUAGUAUAAAAUAUCUUGUAUCAAUUAUAUGUUUAUUGUUAUUAUUAUUAUCAUUAAAACUUUUAUUAUUAUUAUCAUUGUUAUUGUUAUCAUCACGAUUGUCGUUUUCGUUAUCAUUGGGUUGUUUUCGUUAUCUUAUAGUCAAUUAUAGUAUUGAUACGUACCGAAAGAUGUGUCUGUGUCUAUCGGUGAGAUAUUUUAAUUUCAUCCGAAUUGAAGGAAUUGAGAUCGAAAAAUAUAUAUAUAUAAUGAUAAAGAGAUGUUGUAAAUUUGAUCUUAUACCUAAUGAAGAGUGCUAUACUACUGCAGCCGCAUACUCCGAUAAUGUAUUUUCCUGGAUUUCACUCAGGUUAAACAGAUAUUGACACACGAACGUAACAGUCAGUGACAUUCUCGUUGCAGCUUAUCCCAAAUGAUUUUCAGGUACACGAACAUGUAUUAUAUAGUAUAGAAACGAAUGCGCUGAAUCGACACGAUGAUUUUCAACAGAGUAGGGCUUCAAUGGAUCAAUUAUUAUGAUGAUCAUCAUUGUUAUUCACUUGGUAAAUCGCCCUUUUUCUCAUAGUAUUUUUAAUUUUGUGUAUAGAUUUGAGAGUGAGCGGCGUGCAGUUGCUUCGAUGUUGAUAUGUCAAUGCUGUGAUGUCAUCCUUUGGAAAUAAAAAGUAAAAAGUAAAAA